UUUGUAUAUCAUAAAGUUUACAUACCAGUUUAUUUAUUUUAUUUUAUUUAUAUUUUUCAGGCAUUAGGCAUAUUAAUUGCCAUACCUGGAUUUUGGUUGAUCUUGACUCUCCUAGCGUUUCUUAUAUUUUUUUUAUGUCGCUGUUGUGAUGGAAGUCUUAAUAAAAAGAAGAAACUCACACCUUUGAAAUGGACUUUAGCUAUUUUUGCUCUGCUCUGUUGGUCCAUGAGAUCAGAUGUAACCAAGUGGACGCGCGCUUGUCUCCAGUGCCAACGCUCCAAGGUGCACAGGCAUACUCGAUCAAAACCAGGCACCUUUCUCAUUCCCAGUUCCCGUUUCGAGCACGUGCAUAUAGAUAUAGUGGGUCCACUUCCCCCGUUGCAAGGCUUUAGAUACAUCGUUACAUGUAUCGAUAGGUACUCCAGGUGGCUGGAGUGCAUUCCGGUCACCGAUAUCUCAGCAGAAUCGAUGGCAAAAGUUUUUUAUGCAAAUUGGAUAUGCCGCUUUGGUGUUCCGCUCAGAUUGACCUCGGACCAAGGACGACAAUUUGAGUCCGACCUUUUCCACGUUUUAUCAACAACCCUGGGCAUCAAGCAGAUUUGCACAACCCCGUACCAUCCAGCGGCGAAUGGAAUGGUGGAACGGCUCCACCGCACACUUAAGGCAGCCCUACGUUGCCAUGGAGGAGACGAUUGGGCAAAUGUACUCCCAACGGUCCUCCUUGGCCUUCGAACAGCAUUCAAAGAAGACAUACAGGCCGCCACUGCCGAAAUGAUUUACGGUGAAAACCUUAGGUUGCAGGGCGAAUUUUUUACUCCAAGCAGGUACAACCCCAACCCAGCAAACUUCGUCGGGCAUCUUAAAACCACCAUGGAAAAGUUACGCCCAACACCCACCAGGCAACCAAACAGGACAACUUGUUUUGUACACGAAGAACUGAACUUGUGCCAACAGGUAUUUGUGCGCAACGACACGUGUAAAUUUUUCAAGAUUGAAAUAUUAUAUUUUAACAAAUUUUAUGAAAUUAAAACAGCAGUUUACACUAAUAGAUUGUAUUAUAAUACAAUUAGAAUACAACUAAUUUUGGAAAAUGAUGUAAAUCCUGGCCUGGAUAAACUGAAAGAAGAUUUCAGCAAACCUUUACCUAAUGCUACAGUACAUGAUUAUCUACAAGACGCUCUCAAAAAUAUGAGGAAAAAUGUAAGCACAGGAAUUACCAAAGUAGUCGACAUCAACAAAAAUAUUGAUAAAUUGGAUUUACAACCAAUACCCGACAAUAUUAAAAUGAUUGAAAUUAUAAGGUGGCCUGUCACUAUUGCUGCUUUGUGUGUUCUAAUUCUAGUCUGUGUUAUUCUCCUUUGGGGUGUAAUACGUCAUUCCAGAUGUUUGCUGAUAUUAUUUUCAGUAUUGGGCCUACUUUCAGUUGUAAUAUGUUGGAUAUCUGUGUCAUUAUAUCUUGGAUCCUGUGUGGCAGCAUCGGACUUCUGUUUGAACCCUGAGCCUUUUUUUUACAAACAAGCAAGUGGAACAUUUUAUACUAGUGUUUUGAAAUAUUAUCUUAAUUGUGAUGAUCCUAAUCCCUUUGAAGAUUCUAUUGAAGAUGGAAAGAAAGCUGUUCAUAAUGUCCAAAACACUUUAGCUGCUGUUACAAAAAUUGCUGUUACUUUUUAUCCACAGAAAGAAGUAAGAGAAGUUUUAGAUAGUUUGGCAUUAUUUUUGAAUCGAACUGAAAAGAUCUUGUCCGGUAUGGAUGUUCUGCUCAACUGUAACAAAAUGCACAAGGAAUAUGAAACUGCUAUGGGAGCUCUCUGCACUGGUGUUUUAGAGGGUACAGCUUUUAUGUUAGUUUCAGCUGCUGGGGCUGGAAUUCUGUUCACAGUUCUUAUUUGGGUAGCUUCUCAUACUUGGAUCCAUAUUCGCAAAAAAUUUUCAGUAUUGGGCCUACUUUCAGUUGUAAUAUGUUGGAUAUCUGUGUCAUUAUAUCUUGGAUCCUGUGUGGCAGCAUCGGACUUCUGUUUGAACCCUGAGCCUUUUUUUUACAAACAAGCAAGUGGAACAUUUUAUACUAGUGUUUUGAAAUAUUAUCUUAAUUGUGAUGAUCCUAAUCCCUUUGAAGAUUCUAUUGAAGAUGGAAAGAAAGCUGUUCAUAAUGUCCAAAACACUUUAGCUGCUGUUACAAAAAUUGCUGUUACUUUUUAUCCACAGAAAGAAGUAAGAGAAGUUUUAGAUAGUUUGGCAUUAUUUUUGAAUCGAACUGAAAAGAUCUUGUCCGGUAUGGAUGUUCUGCUCAACUGUAACAAAAUGCACAAGGAAUAUGAAACUGCUAUGGGAGCUCUCUGCACUGGUGUUUUAGAGGGUACAGCUUUUAUGUUAGUUUCAGCUGCUGGGGCUGGAAUUCUGUUCACAGUUCUUAUUUGGGUAGCUUCUCAUACUUGGAUCCAUAUUCGCAAAAAGCGACCAGCAGAGCCAGUUGACGAGGAAGAUCCAUUUCUACCGUCCUCUGCCGUAGGCUCUAAUUCCCGAAGAAAUCGUGACACGUACAGCAGCAUGGGGGCACGUCCUCGCUACAGCCACACCCCACCUCAAACUCCCCAUUUCACAGCUUCACUCAAUGGACGAUCUGGUGGUAGAGAAGAUCAGCCAUGUCUUCAAGGUAGAUAUACACCACCUCCUGCUACCGAUGGGGACCUUACGUGUGCCACCAAGUUCUGACCUAACUGGUUGUACGGAGCAUCCCAGCAGAGCAGACCGAAAAUUCCUCGUCCUUACACAAUUGGACAUUACACUUACUAAACGACGACGUCGUCAGAAGACAUCUUCGAGAGGUUCUCUCUUAUUGGAUUCAUUUCUAUUAUUAUUAUUAUUAUCACUAUUAUUAUUAUUGUCGUGUGCUCUCCUUAACAGCAGCUACCAUUGGACAAGAAGUGUGAUUCGUUUUGGUUUUGUCCCGUCGACAUCUUGGAAAACAAAAAGUUUAGAAUUUGGUUUUUUAUGACUUUUUUCGAGGUUUCAUCAGGAUUUUAAAACUUUACAAGUGAAAAUAGCCAUGUAAAUUUUGUAUUUGUACUCUGUGAUGAUGAAUUUUUGGGGAUACAGCAAAUGGACAAUUGCAAAUCGAUUGAAUCCUUUCGAGGUAACGCAUGGUUUCCCUCUUAUUUUAUUAUUAUUUUUUAAUUUUUAUCGUUACACGUAUUCUGUGCUCAAUGUAAAUAUUUGAUGUCGACUUUGUAUUCCCAAAUAUAUUUGUAGUUUUGGAAAUUUUUAAAGAAAAAAAAAACAAGAAAAAAAACAUUCAUCUUUCUCAUAGGUUGGUAAUUAUAUUAACCAAUUUUUCCUCCAAUAUUGUAAAGUGCAAUGUUUCGUACUAUUAUAUAUGUAUAUUAUCAAACACGAGACCAAAAUUAGCAUUGUUGUUAUGAUUCAUAAACAAGAAAAGAAAAAAAAAAACCCCACUAAAUUUUAUUAAAUAACGCUCCAUUUCUCGGGAAUGGGAACCUUUAAAUUAUAGCAGCAAUCGCCAAUUUUAAAACUUGUAUAUACAGUGCAUAAACAUAUACAUAUAUACACACACACAAAUAUAUAUAAAAUAUAUUAUAUAUCUAUAUAUGAUUAUGUAAAUUUAGCUUAUGAAAAAAAGGGGAAAAAAUAAUUUGUUUUGCUACCCAAUAGGUUUUUCAAUGUGAAAAUUACCAAGCUUUGUGUCACGUAAUUUCAAAAUAUAGAAUUGUUGCAUCAAAGGAAACAAAAGUUUAAAUACCUCAUGCUAAACAAAAUAUUGAAGUGUGUUAACGAGAAUUUUAGUACCAAAAGAAACCGUGUUUAUCUUUUUAAAAUCUAUUUAAUUAUAGUGUCAAACAUGGAAACAAUUUUGGAUAUGCAUUCAUCUUGCUUAUAGUUCAUCCAUGGUAAAAGAAAUCUCUUCGAAGAACAUCUUGUGCAAUCUUUUUUCUAUUAAUGCAUCUAUCUGAAGUUUUUUAAUAUUGUGAAUCGAGAAGAUUCUUUCUUAUUUCCUCUUUUAUAUAUAUAUAUAUAUAAAUAUAUAUAUAUGUUCAUAGAUUCUUAUAUCUUUUUCUACGGCAGCAAUUUCUAAAUUAUGGAACGAAAAGAAUCUUAUGCCAAAUUUUUUCAAGGAAAUGGUACCGUGUGCCAACUUUUAAACUACUAUACAAUCCCCCCCUUUUGGAAUACUUGAAGAAUUUUCGAACUGGAAGAAUAUUGUAAGUGCACGAAGAGUUCUUAAACGUGCUCAAAAAUCUUUUGUGGAAUGGGAAUUUCCUUUUUAAUUUGAUCCGUUAUAGAAAGUUUUCGUUGUAUUUAAUAGUAUAUAUGCAAUAUGUCAUUUAGCACAAAAAAAAAUUGGAUCGUGACGGUUGUUGGAGCCUUUAAUUUUAUGACCAUGCGAGUAAAUUUUUGCUAAGAGUCAAGUCCAUGUUUGUUUGAUCAAAAUUCCUGCUAUAUAUAUAAUAUAUAUAUAAUCUUCCAAUUCACCUUCCAGUUUAAGAAAUAAGUUAAGGAAUUUACAUCAUAACCUCCACUUUUAUCCUCCCUAAACUCUUUGAUCUUCAUACUUUUUAUAUGGUGUUUAUUUGAGAAUAAAAAUUGAACAAAUUCGUGUAAUCAUCAUCAUCAUGAUGUAAUCGAUAAUGUCACGAAAUGGUAAUGUGCGGAGCUUUAAAAGGAGUUAUUAGUUGCUGCGUAUGCUUAAUAGAACAA